UAUGUCUCCAAAGCAAUCUGUCUUCACCACUCAAUUAGCCUGAGUGAGACAGCUGACCGUAUACAGCAUUUGCUCUUUAUAAAUACAGAUUCUAAUGGAUAGCUCCACCCUGUGCCAAACCUUUCCUAUCUAUUUUUCUAAGUUCCAAUUCCACAUUCUCAUUUACUCAUCUUAACAAUCUUACAAAAACUAUGGGUUUCCGCCUGCCAAGAAUUGUUAAUGCUAAGCCGAGUCUGAAAUGGACUCUUUCAUCUUCAGAGACGACAGUGGUGCCCAAAGGCCACUUUGCUCUUUAUGUUGGAGAAGUUGAAAAGAAGAGAUUCGUUGUCCCGAUUUCAGUACUGAAGCAUCCUUCAUUUCAGAAUUUGUUGAGUCGAGCCGAAGAAGAGUUUGGUUUCGGUCACCCUAUGGGUGCUUUGACAAUCCCUUGUGGAGAAGAAGCCUUCGUAGAUCUCAUUUGUAACUUGCAAAGCUCAUGAGAAGAACUGAUGUGAAAAUUGGCCAACCAAGCAGAGAUCGACUGAUAAUUAGCUCUACUGACACCUCCUAAAUUUUUAUUGUUUAGGAAGCGUGUAAGGUGGAUGUUUUCUGCAAUCCCCUGCCCUUGACAACCUUAUUAAUAUUUGUAACCAAAGUAUAAAUGCGAAAUUUA